UGUGUGUGUGUGUGUGUGUGUGUGUGUGUGUGUGUGUGUGUGUGUGUGUGUGUGUGUGUGUGUGUGUCAGAGAUAAAGACUGUGGGGGGCUCUCCUCUCCAUCACUGUGUGCUAUUUGCUUCUACAGAACAGACCGAGGAAGGGAGAAUCAGAAUAGCCAAGAUGCCUGCGCAAGGACUUGAGAGAAAACCCAAAAUAUCUGCAUCUCGCAAGCUCAUGCUUAAGAGCAUGAUGGUUGCCAGGGCAACAGAGGAGCUGGAGCAGGAGUUGGAGGAGAAGGAGGAGGAGAAGACAAAGUACCUGGAGGAGAAAUCGCCGCCCCUUCAGACCGGAAGCAUGUCUCUGGAGGACCUGCAGGCGCUGUGCCAGGAGAUCCACUCCAAAAUCACUGUGGUGGACGAGGAACGCUACAACAUCGAAGCAAAGGUCAUGCACAACAGCAGAGAGAUCAAAGACCUGAACAUCAAGGUGCUGGACCUGAGGGGGAAGUUCAAACGGCCCGACCUGCGGCGGGUGAGGGUCUCUGCGGAUGCCAUCCUGCGUUCCCUUCUGGGCUCCAAACACAAGGUGUCCCUGGACCUGAGGGGCAACCUCAAGUCCGUCAAGAAGGAGGACACCGAGAAGGAGAAGACAGCGGAGGUGGGCGACUGGAGGAAGAACGUUGAGGCCAUGUCAGGCAUGGAGGGCAGGAAGAAGAUGUUCGACGCAGCCAACCAGUGAAUGACAUAACUCAACGGUCAGGGCACGCCCGGACUGGUUCGGUCGGUAACCAUGGAGCUCAAUCAAUCUUUGUGUUGCACGGCCCUCUUUCAAAGUCUCAAAGAUCCAAAGUCUCAAAGUCUCAAAGUGAAUCCUGUGCUCUGUGUUUUUCUACAGAAGCAUUAACGUCUGGGUUUCCUCCCCAGGCAAACUUAUCCUACUGUUUAAUUUCCACGCAUAGUCAAUAAAAAAAUUCUAAAUGUA